AUGAGCGGUCAGUUUGAGGAAGAUAUCCACGACCGGGGCGAGAGGAAGAGCAGUAAAUCCCCAACGUUGCUCUCCUCUUACUGCAUAGACAGCAUUCUGGGCCGCCGGAGUCCCUGUAAGGUCAGACUGAUCGGGGCGCAAAGUUUGACGGGUCUGCCCGGCAGAGGGGAGCUCGACAAGGCGGCGGACGGGCCAACGAAGGAGCCCCUUUCUCUCAGCGCGGACAUGCACCUGCCUCCCAAGCUCCGCCGGCUGUACGGACCCGGAGGAAAGUACCUCCACGACCACGUAGAGAAGCUGGACAGAGAGAGGCUCCUCCUGGAGCAAGCCAGCGACUGCCUAAAAAUCAGCCAAGCGCCGCAGGUGAGCAUCAGCCGCAGCAAGUCCUACCGGGAGAACGCGUCGCUGAGCCGGGGAGAGGACGACCAGAGCCCCGGGGAGGCCUCGGAGGACGGCAGCCUGGGAUUGGUGGAGCUCGGCCCGCUGAAGUUCGAGGAGGACGCGGGGAAGGAGGAGGAGAGCUGCGGGGACGCGGCGGCGCUGUCCCCGAAGGACGAGGAGAGGGAGAGCUUGAACGCCGGGGAUGGGGACGUGAGGGACGGGGAGGACAGCGUGUGUCUGUCGGCGGGCAGUGACUCGGAGGAAGGGAUGCUGAAACGCAAGCAGAGAAGAUACAGGACUACGUUCACCAGUUAUCAGCUGGAGGAGCUGGAGAGGGCUUUCCAGAAGACACACUAUCCCGACGUCUUCACCAGAGAGGAGCUCGCAAUGCGCCUGGAUCUAACCGAGGCCCGCGUUCAAGUUUGGUUCCAGAACCGCAGGGCCAAGUGGAGGAAGCGUGAGAAGGCCGGGGUGCAGGCCCACCCAUCCGGCCUUCCGUUCCCAGGCCCACUCGCGGCGGGCCAUCCUCUCAGCCACUACCUGGAGGGAGGCCCCUUCCCUCCUCACCCCCAUCCCGCCCUGGAGUCCGCCUGGACGGCUGCUGCAGCUGCGGCGGCCGCCUUCCCGGGCCUGGCCCCGCCGCCUCACAACGGCUCGGCCCCACCACUGGCCACCCCGCUCGGCCUGGGCACCUUCCUAGGCACGGCCGCCAUGUUUCGCCACCCUGCCUUUAUUGGACCCACUUUUGGCAGGCUCUUCUCCAGUAUGGGUCCUCUGACCAGUGCUUCCACGGCUGCAGCCCUCCUCCGUCAGCCCGCCCCUCCUGUAGAGAACCCCUCCCAUGCGGGCCCCGUCCUCCCCGACCCUUCCUCCUCUUCCUCCUCCUCUUCUUCUUCUUCAGCCGCGGCAGACCGCAGGGCCUCCAGUAUCGCCGCGCUGCGCCUCAAGGCCAAGGAACACUCGGCUCAGCUCACCCAGCUUAACAUCCUGCCCGCCGGAGCCGCAGGGAAGGAGGUGUGCUGAACACUCAACACCAGCUCUAGGCCUCCCCUGUUCUCCUACCCCCCCCUCUACACCUCACCCACCUCACCCCAGGGCUCAUGUCCCAUUCCAGUACACCCCUCCUAUACCCCUCUCUCUCCAAAAAAAAAUCCCACUCAUACCUCUGGAGGGCCUGAUGUACCCCUGUUCAACCAUCCCUGUUACCUCACAUUUCCCCAACAAAAUAGCACGACCAAAUUCAGAGGAGCACUGGCUAUUAAAAAAAGAGUGCGUUUGUGUGUGUGUGUGUGUGUGUGUGUGUGUGUGUGUGUGUGUGUGUGUGUGUGUAGUGAUUGCAGAUCGUUUUAGACGAAAAACACACACUUUUUUCAAUUGCAGUCCAUCAAAAUUUUACAAUUUACAAGUUUUUCCACGUAAGAACAAUUGAAAUACUUUGAGAUGGAGCCUGAAAGAUUUAUUUGGCUUUUCUGUAAAGGAUAUAUAAAUGUAAAUGUACAGGAAAGUGUUGAUAUGUUGCAAAAAGCAAAUUCCACACAUCACCACCACACUUUCUCAAGUAGAAAAUACUGUAACUUGUACUAAAGAUGAUUACUUCAAUUUUCACUUUACUACAUUUCAGAGGCAAUUAUUUUACCUUGUAUUUGACUACAUUAUCUAUCAUCAAUUUUUAAAAAUGAAGAUUUUAAGUACAAAACACCCGAGGAGCUUAGAAUAAAAUGUUCUUAUAGAGGAAACUAAUCAACAGCAUUUCUGACAGUUAAAAAUCCAAUCAUGACAACUACUCUCGAUCUUAAUUAAUUUAGAACGCUUACAGGCCUCUUUUCAGCGCUGACUACUUUCACAGUUUCAAUAUAUUUUACUCAUAAUGCUUCUCAAGUAAUGUUUAAAAGCUGAGUUUUGUUUGAAACACUGGUUUGGAUGCCGCACACACACAAACCCACACUCAUGCAGUGAAAGCUGGAGAACCGCAGGGGAACUUUUAGAAAGGAUUCUUGUGCUACUUAAAAAUGUGGACAACACGAGUGCUCGACAUUAACACUGCUUAAUCUGUAUGCAUUGAUGUGGGCUGAGCCAGUCUGCGUCUACAACAAAGGCGAGUUGGAGGAGGUCCCCCCCCCGAACCAAAGGAAAACUGUCCAUAGACCUUCCAUAGCCUUCUCUGCAAGCCUGUCUCAUCUCCACUGCUCGCCUGUCCAGCAGUCACCCUCAGCUGCACCACUCUACAAAUAUAUAUAUUUAAAAAUGUCUGGAUCAGAGCAGAGUUAUGUGAGAUUGUUUGAAUCCGCAUCAGAUUUCUGUACAUUUCCUACAAUCUGCCAUUUUCUCCCCCCCCCUCCUCUUUUUCCUGUUUGAUUAUUAUCACAGCAGUGGCCCAUCAGCUGAGUCUGACUCCCGGACAUGUGAGCAACACUGAGAUCUGAGACGUGUCUGUGUGAAAGAAAAAAAAACUGUACAUAUUGUGUAAAAAGGAGGAGAAAAAAAGUACAACAACAAAAAAAAAGGAUGAUUUUCAAAACAAGGUCGUGUAUAUUUCAAGAGGCCGUGUUUUGAUGAUUUGCACUCGGUGUAGUGUGUAAUGAAUGUGUAGAAUUUCACCUGUGUUUAUGAAUUAUUAGGUUUUUAGAUAAUUAUUUAUGUCAAAAAAAACUUUUUCCAGGAAGAAAUGAGUGAAGGAAAGUUCUUUUUUUCUUAUUAAGUGAUUGUAAGUUUCCUGGUUUAAUAAUGCUAAUUUGAAUAAAUUACAUUGGUAAAAUGA